AGAAUAUAUAUAUUAUAAAGGCAGAAUGGGUUCUUUGAAUCUAAAGGGACCGGUUGUGAUCCCCACUGUUCGUGCCAAAGUAGUAGGGCUUUGCAGUGUUCCUUUAAUUGGACCAAUGAAGGCUAAUUGUAUUCGAACUGAAUUUUGGGGACUCAAGUGUAGCAGAGAUAAGGCCACUGUUCUUUCUUUCCAUAUAAACAUGCAAAAGUGCAAGAGCAAGACUGUGCAUUGCAGUUUCAAGUCACCUUCAAAUGGGAGCGGAAGUACGGUUGAGAAUUUUGAUGAAAAGGAUGAAGAUUAUGUUAACUCUAGCGUGGUUGAAGCUAGUAUGUUCAGCUUAGCUAAUUCAAUAUAUGAUGAUGCAUUGUGUGGUCAAACAUUGUUUCUUGUUUUGCUUUUGUGAAAUAGAUUUGUUCUGUGAAUUUUGUAUGUAGUUGAGGUGAGGAG